GAGGACUGUCACUGCAUCUUUCCGUUUCUGGGACGGGGGUCCCCCACGUGCGUCCCCCGCAAAAUGCCAGCGUAUCCCAGCAGCAUUGCUUCCGUCGCCUCUGAGCACGCAGAGCAGUCAAUGAGUUCUCCUCCGCACUCUGCAGCAGCGACCACCCUGCGUGCCGGUCCGGCCGCAGACAGCAUCCUGAGCGCUUGGGCUGGAGAAGCCAAGCAGAGCUGGGCAGCCCCAGAAGAGCAGGCAGCUGCCUGCCGUCCCAACAGGAGGGUGUCCGAGGAGACGGGGCCCGCUGCCCAGCGGGCGUAGGGCGAGCGCCUGCGCCUCCCUCCAGCUGCAGAGUGGCUGGCAGCUGACGAGGUUCAUUAGCUCCUCUUCACGGUGCCACAGGCAGCACUCCUCUUUCUGCUCCGCUUCGGGUCCUGCACCACCACCGACAUUUUCUCACGAAAGAGCGUCAGAGAAAGGUGUCAGUAUUUCGUAGCGUGAAACGCACCCUCCUCCCCGUCAGAGGUCCCGGGAGACAGACAACGAUCACUAAACCCCCAAAGACUCCCGAAGUUACUGACCCCGAAGAUAACCCUGCCUUUCCUUUUCCUGCCGGGAUCAUCCCCUCCUACAAGUCAGGUGUUACAGUCCGCGCGUCCUCAGCCCAGGCGCUUCGAGGCCGGCUCCGCCGGGCAGGGCGCGGGCAGGGCGCGGGCAGGCUGCCUGCCUCCCGGAGGGUGCGCAGAAGCCGAUCCACCAUGCAGGCUCUUGAACCUGAUCUACAAUGGAAAAACUGCUUUUGUUUCUGCUGUUCAUUGGCAUAGCGGUGAGAGCUCAGAUCUGCCCAAAGCGCUGUGUCUGUCAGAUUUUGUCUCCGAACCUUGCCACCCUUUGCGCCAAGAAAGGGCUCUUAUUUGUUCCUCCCAACAUUGACAGGAGGACCGUGGAGUUAAGGCUGGCAGACAACUUUGUUACAAACAUUAAAAGGAAAGACUUUGCCAAUAUGACCAGCCUGGUGGACCUGACGCUGUCCAGGAAUACAAUCAGUUUUAUUACACCUCACGCAUUUGCCGACUUGCGCAAUUUGCGGGCUUUGCAUUUGAACAGCAACCGAUUGACUAAAAUCACUAAUGACAUGUUCAGUGGACUCUCCAAUCUUCACCACUUGAUACUUAACAACAACCAGCUGACUUUAAUUUCUUCCACAGCUUUCGAUGAUGUUUUAGCUCUUGAGGAAUUGGAUUUGUCUUACAACAAUCUGGAAACCAUCCCCUGGGAUGCAGUGGAGAAGAUGGUUAGUUUGCACACUCUCAGUCUAGACCACAACAUGAUCGAUCAUAUUCCUAAGGGGACGUUCUCCCACCUCCACAAGAUGACCAGGUUGGACGUCACGUCUAACAAACUGCAGAAGCUACCGCCUGAUCCUCUCUUCCAGCGAGCUCAGGUACUAGCAACCUCAGGAAUUAUCAGCCCCUCGACUUUUGCGUUGAGCUUUGGUGGGAACCCUUUGCAUUGCAACUGUGAGCUUUUGUGGCUGAGGCGUCUUUCGAGGGAAGACGACCUGGAGACUUGUGCUUCUCCCACGCUCUUGUCCGGCCGGUACUUCUGGUCGAUCCCCGAGGAGGAGUUCCUGUGCGAGCCUCCUCUCAUCACCCGGCACACCCACGAGCUGCGGGUGCUGGAGGGCCAGCGGGCAGCACUGCGGUGUAAGGCCCGGGGGGACCCUGAACCAGCGAUUCAUUGGAUUUCACCCGAGGGCAAACUGAUUUCGAACGCAACGAGGUCCGUGGUGUACGACAACGGGACGCUCGACAUCCUUAUAACGACGGUGAAGGAUACGGGCUCCUUCACCUGCAUUGCUUCCAAUCCGGCUGGGGAGGCCACGCAGACGGUAGACCUGCACAUCAUCAAACUCCCCCACUUGCUGAACAGCACGAACCACAUCCACGAGCCUGACCCCGGCUCCUCGGAUAUCUCCACUUCCACCAAGUCGGGCUCCAACGCGAGCAGUAGCAAUGGGGAUACGAAAGUCAGCCAAGAUAAGAAGGUGGUCGUUGCGGAAGCGACAUCCUCUACUGCUCUGCUGAAAUUCAAUUUUCAGAGGAAUAUACCUGGGAUACGUAUGUUCCAAAUCCAGUACAACGGUACUUACGAUGACUCCCUUGUUUACAGAAUGAUACCUCCCACGAGCAAAACCUUCCUGGUCAACAACCUGGCCGCUGGGACUGUGUACGACCUGUGCGUCCUGGCCAUCUAUGAUGAUGGGAUCACCUCGCUCACCGCCACCAGGGUGGUGGGCUGCACGCAGUUCACCACCGAGCAGGAUUACGUGCGCUGCCACUUCAUGCAGUCCCAGUUCCUGGGUGGGACCAUGAUUAUCAUCAUUGGUGGGAUCAUCGUGGCCUCCGUGCUUGUGUUCAUCAUCAUCCUCAUGAUCCGCUACAAGGUGUGUAACAACAACGGGCAGCAGAAGGCCACCAAGGUCAGCAACGUGUACUCGCAGACGAACGGGGCUCAGAUCCAGGGCUGCAGCGGGGUGCUGUCGCAGUCCAUGUCCAAGCAGGCUGUCGGGCACGAAGAGGUCAUCCAGUGCUGCAAGGCUGCCAGCGACGGCGUGACGCAGUCGCCGGAGACCGGCUCCAGCCAGGACUCGGCCACCACUACCUCCGCUUUGCCUCCCGCCUGGACUUCCAGCACUUCUGUCUCCCAGAAGCAGAAGCGAAAGCCGGGGCCAAAGCCAAGCAGCGAGCCGCAGAGUGAAGCUGUCAGCAGUAUCGAGUCCCAAAACACUAACAGAAAUAACUCCACUGCCCUGCAGUUAGCUAGCCGUCCCCCCGACUCUGUCAAAGGGGCCCCCACGUACAAAAGAGCACAAUCAAAGCCAAGUAAGUUCCUCACUUUGCCAGCUGACGCAUCCCGAGCCAAGCGCAGGCUCUCCCUGGGCGGCGAGCUGAUGGAGUCCCGCUGCCUCGGCAGCGCCCGGGGCGCAGGUGGAUUGCGGUCCAAAAGGAGCAUGUCCAUGAACGGGAUGCUAGUCCAGUCAGACAGCUCUGAUGUGGAUAGUGGAAAAGCAACUUUCUCCAGUUCUGAGUGGAUAUUGGAAAGCACUGUGUGACCUGCUUUUUUUUUCUUUUUUUUUUUUUUUAUUUUAAUGAAAAACAAAACACCAAACGUUGUGUGAAACUCCCUCUCCCGGGGAAUUGGAUUUGGAAGUCCGCUGCUGUCUUGCUGAUUAAUGGCUUGUUCAUGCGGGGUUCUGUAUAAGCCACCCAGUGCACACAGGGUUUUAUUUAGUUUUCAUUUGAUUUUAUUUAAUAUCAAAACAGAAGGCAACAUUCAGAGAUUAAAAAAAAAAAAAGGAAAAAAAAGAUUAAGGGGUGAAAAAAAGCAUGAAACAGCACCAGUGCCUUCCCUACUCUAGGACUGGCUUCCUGGUUCUGCAGUAGCAGAAAACAAAAGAGAGAGUUUUCACAGAAAAAGCCUUUUAUAAAGGAAAUGAAAUUUCCUCCAAGCUAACAAAUAACCACUUCUGGAUCAAUCAGUAAAAUGAUAUUUUUUAAAACGGUCAGACUGUAUAUUUCUUUUCCGUGACAAUGGUGUUGCCUUUGUUUUUAGGCAGAUGCUGUACAGAAGCAACAACGCUGUGUUGUUAUGUUGUGUAAAAUAAAAUAUUCACUCCGUA